AUGCUUUACGAGCUGAUAGUAGUCGCCCGGCCGGGCAACGUCAGCGCCGUCAAAGAAAUCGCGCGAAUAGCGGGCUCCCAAAUCCUCAACAACCGGGGCGUGAUCCGAGGCCUGAAGAACUGGGGGCAAUUCGACCUUCCCCGACCGACAGUCAAACACCAAGCCCACCACCGACAAGGUCACUACUUUGUGAUGCAAUUCGACUCGUCGAUCCGGGUGCAAGAGGAAGUCAAGCGCACGUUGAGUCUCGAUCCACGCCUGAUACGAUAUUCGGUCGUCAAGAUCGGCGAUAAACUCGGCGGCGUCAAUGGUGCCAUCGAGGAUGUGACGGGCCAGAUUCCUUGGAAUGAGAAGGGUGAAAGCUUCGAUUAUUUUAACAACAUCCUGGGCAACCAAAGUCUCACGGCGCCACAUACUCCCCCUGCAAAGGCAACGUGA